GCGGCGGCGGCUGAACAGGGCUCGGCAGGACCGGGGACGCCGGGCCCCUGGCUCCCCGUCAAGCUGCAGGCUCCCAGUCUGGGCCAGCCGGGCAGCUGUGAACCCAGCGCUUUCCAGGUGCAGAGCCGGGUGUGCGCCCGGCCACCCUGCCAGGGGAUCAUGGGGAAUGGCAUGACAAAGGUACUUCCUGGACUCUACCUUGGAAACUUCAUUGAUGCCAAAGACCCGGAUCAGCUGAGCCGGAAUAAGAUCACACAUAUCGUCUCUAUCCACGAAUCACCCCAGCCUCUGCUGCAGGAUAUUACCUACCUUCGCAUCUCAGUGGCUGACGCUCCUGAGGUACCCAUCAAAAAACACUUCAAAGAAUGCAUCAACUUUAUCCACUGCUGCCGCCUCGACGGGGGUAACUGCCUUGUGCACUGCCUGGGGCUGUCGGGAUCCAGCUUUGCAGGAAUAUCUCGAAGUACCACCAUUGUGAUCGCCUAUGUGAUGACUGUGACUGGACUCGGCUGGCGGGAAGUACUUGAAGCCAUCAAGGCCACCCGGCCCAUUGCCAACCCAAACCCAGGCUUUAGGCAGCAGCUUGAAGAGUUUGGCUGGGGAAACUCCCAGAAGCUUCGCCGGCAGCUGGAGGAACGCUUCGGGGAGAGCCCGUUCCGCGACGAAGAGGACUUGCGCACGCUGCUGCCUCUCUGCAGGCGUUGUCGCCAGGGCUCGGCGACCACCGCGGCUACUUUGGUCACAGCGUCCUCGGCUUCCGAGGGGACCCUACAGCGCCUGGUGCCGCGAUCGCCGCGGGACGCCCACCGGCCGCUGACGCUGCUGACGCGCGUCAAACAGACUUUCUCCUGCCUCCCGCGGUGCCUGUCGCCCAAGGGCGGCAAGUGAGCGCCUUGUC